GUCAGAGGUAAGAGAGAGUCUGGCUAAGUAAGGAGCCACACAUCUGGAACCAGAAUGUCUGCUACGGACGCAGGCGCGGAGCCCUCAUUGGGGGUGGACCCCACUGAGGACACACUGCGGAGGCUGCGGGAGGCUUUCGCUGCAGGACGGACUCGACCUGCGGAGUUCCGGACAGCACAGCUGCAGGGCCUGAGCCGCUUCUUUCAGGACAACAAGCAGCGGCUGCAGGAUGCACUGGCCAAGGACGUGGGCAAGUCAGCAUUCGAGUCAGACAUGAGUGAGAUCAUCCUGUGCCAGAAUGAGGUGGACCUGGCCCUCAAGAACCUGCAGACCUGGAUGAAGGACGAGUCUGUGUCCACCAACUUGCUCACGAAGCUGAGCUCAGCCUUCAUCCGGAAGGAGCCCUUUGGCGUGGUGCUUAUCAUUGCACCCUGGAAUUAUCCAUUGAACUUGAUGAUCAUGCCCCUAGUGGGGGCCAUAGCUGCAGGGAACUGUGUGGUGCUGAAGCCAUCAGAGAUAAGCAAGAACACAGAGAAGGUGCUGGCUGAGCUGCUGCCCCAGUAUCUGGACCAGAGUUGUUUUGCUGUGGUGCUGGGUGGGCCCGAGGAGACUGGGCAGCUGCUGAAACACAAGUUUGACUACAUCUUCUUCACGGGGAGCCCUCAAGUAGGCAAGAUCAUCAUGGCCGCUGCUGCCAAACACCUGACGCCCAUCACCCUGGAGCUGGGGGGUAAGAACCCCUGCUAUGUGGACGAUGACUGCGACCCCCAGACUGUGGCCAACCGCGUGGCCUGGUUUCGCUGCUUCAACGCUGGCCAGACCUGUGUGGCCCCCGAUUACAUCCUGUGUAGCCAGGAGAUGCAGGAGCGGCUGGUACCUGCCCUGCAGAAUGCCAUCACACGUUUCUAUGGGGACAACCCGCAGACCUCCCCCAGCCUGGGCAGAAUCAUCAACCAGAAACAUUUCAAGCGGCUCCAGGGCUUGCUGGGCUGUGGCCGCGUGGUCAUUGGUGGCCAGAGUGAUGAGGGAGAACGCUACAUUGCACCCACGGUGUUAGCGGACGUGCAGGAGUCGGAGCCCGUGAUGCAGGAGGAGAUCUUUGGGCCCAUCCUGCCCCUGGUGACCGUGAGGAGCCUGGAUGAGGCCAUCAACUUCAUUAACCAGCGGGAGAAGCCCCUGGCCUUGUAUGCCUUCUCCAAUAACAGCCAGGUGGUGAACCAGAUGUUGGAACGUACCAGCAGUGGUGGCUUUGGGGGCAAUGACGGUUUCCUCUACCUGACUCUACCUUCUAUGCCCCUGGGGGGAGUUGGCAACAGUGGGAUGGGCAGGUAUCACGGCAAGUUCUCCUUUGACACCUUCUCCCACCAGCGUGCCUGUCUGCUGCGCAGCCCUGGGGUGGAAAAGCUUAAUGACCUCCGUUACCCGCCUUAUGGUCCCUGGAACCAGCAGUUUAUAAGCUGGGCCAUGGGCUCCCAGAGCUGCACCCUCCUAUGAACGCCACCCCCACUCCCUCCUGCUGCCCAAACCCUGCCCCACCUGAGCUUUCAGCCGCACUCACAACCCCAGUGGUUCCGAAAGGCAGGUGUCUGGCCCAGCCUGUGCACACCCCACUUCAGGAACUUUUCCUGAACAGACCUGCAGCCAGGCAAGACCUGCGGGUGGCUGGUCCAGUCCCUUCCCAGAGCAUGGCCCCUCGCAGCCCCCUGACCCUCUCCUUAGGCAGAUCUGCUGACAGAGAAACCCCCUCCCCAAGGUUGAGCAGAUCUGGUGACUGAGGGGGACUUCCUUUGUCAGAUCCUAGACAGGGUCCCAGAAGACAGAGCAGUGGCUCCCAGCUGCAUCCACACCCGGAGGGUGGCUUUGUCCCACCUGAAGUGACAUGAUCUUGAACACUGAACAGAUUUAUUGGUGGAAUCUGCCUGAAGGGUGUUCAUUAUUUACUUUUCUGUUGCUUUGAUCCAAUGACCUGAUAGGCAAGUUCAAGGGGGAAGACUCUCAUAGCUCACAGCUUCAGAAGGGUCUAUCCCCAUGACUCAGCAGACAUCACAGAAUACAGUUUAGUUCAUAAAAUGGCAAGCCAGGAAACAUCAUGAAUAACAAGAAAAACAUGGUUGAUUAGUCAAGUCUGUUCUGGGCCCAGGCAGGGGUGUGUGCGAGUGUUGGCUACAUCUCCACUCCUAGAAAGAGGUAAUGAGAGGUAGAAUAUGAAAUUGGGGACUUGGGGAUAAAGAGAUGGCUCAGUGAUUAAGAGCACUGGUUGUUCUUCCAGAAGACUGAGUUCAGACCUCAGAACCCACAUAGCAGGUCAUAGUCAUCUUUAACUCCACUUAAAAAAGAUCCAUCUUCUUCUUAGGGCCUCAGCAGGUACCAAGCACACAUAUGAUGCCCAGACAUACAUAGGCAAAAUGCUCAUACAUGGAAAAUAAAAUUUAAAA